AUGGAACAUUCACGUGAUAGGGCUACUGGGGGAUCUAUAAAUAGUCCUCCCUGGUUCGAAGGUGGAUGUGAAAAAUACACUCAAUGGAAGAUUUACAUGAAAUCAUACCUCUAUGCUCAAGAUGAACACGUGUGGAACAUCGUAGAAAAUGGCUGGAGUGUACCUAUGACAAAAGCAAAAGAAGAAGGCGCUUCCACUACCACUCCCAAACCAAGGAAGGACUGGACUGAGGAAGAAGUUCGUAACUUGCAAGCAGAUUUCAAAGCGAAGAACAGCAUCUUCACAGCCCUAUCGGAGCGGGAAAAACUGAGGAUAAGUCAUUGUGAGACUGCCAAGCAGGCAUGGGAUCUCCUACAGAUUACAUACGAAGGAAAUAAAAAGGUACGUGCACAGAAACUGCAAGCACUGAUUUUUGAAUUCGAAACCAUGACUAUGGCAGAUGAUGAAACCGUGGAUGACUUCCAUGGUAGAAUUCUUAAAAUCUCCGGUCAGUGUCGCAGUCUAGGAGCACCUUUUGAUGAAGAUAAAAUAGUCAAAAAGAUACUCAGGGCUCUGCCGGAAAAAUUUCACUCAAAGGUUACGAGCAUAGAGGACUCUUUUGAUAUAGAUGAUUAUCCACUUGAUGAGCUCAUCGGAAAUUUGAAAACCUAUGAGAUGAGCAAGAACUCCUCUAAAAACACGAAUGCUCCCAGAAGGAAUAACUAUAUUGGCAGUGGUAACAACAGUGACUACAAUAGUAAGAAUGGAAGAGGAAACUUCAAAGGAAAUCACUCAGGGAAACCAAAAUGCUAUGAAUGUGGUGGUUUCGGUCACAUUUCUACUGACUGUGGAAAUAGGAAGCUUGGAAACAGCAACAACAAGUCACUCCUUUCAACUUGGAGUGAUGAUGAAUCUCAAGAAAUUGAAAAUGUGGCUCUUGUCUCAUCAUUGUUGCCUGAUUCUGAAAGUGAUGAGUAUUUCUCUGAUGAUGAUGAAACAAAUGUUCGCUGCAAACAACUCUACAAAGCUUCAAAGGCCACUCUGAUUAGAAACUUGAGCUUGGAAAAAGAAGUAGAUUUCCUGAGGACUGAAAAAGAAAAGGUGGAGAAACUAUUCGAAUCCUCACAAUCUGCAUGGAAACUGGAGAAAAGCAAACUCGUGAGUGAAUCGGCAGAUCUACAAGGUGACCAAAAGAUACUGACGUGGAAGACUGAAAAGAAUGAGUAUCUCAACAAGAUCAAACUUCUAGAACUGGAUGUUAAAGGACAAAGAGCCCUGAACUUGGAACUGUUAGCGAAAAAUGAGUCUCUACAACAUGAGUUAAAAUUAACUCAAGAAAGAUUCAUGAAGUUUGAUAUCAGCUCCACUUCCAUGUCCAAGUUACUUGGAUCAGGAAAAGCUCCUCAUGAUACAUGUGGGCUAGGAUACACUGGAGAAGAUUCCAAAAGCACCAAAUUCGUACGUGCCUCAAAACCAUCUGUAGAGCAGAUAGAUGUCUCCCUUGAUGAUCAUGUCAAAAGUGUAAGGGAAGGUAAUUCAAACCAACAUCAUCAGGUAAAACUUGACCAAGAAUCCCCCACUGGUCAACACAGCAAAAUUCAUCAACGCUCUCACAUUGAGGCAACUUGUUUGGUAGCUUUAACUGCAUUUGCUGACAAACGACGAGAUUUUUGGUAUGUUGACAGUGGUUGUUCUAGACACAUGACUGGAGACAAAACCUGGUUUACUUCAUUUGAGGAUGAAAAUACCUCUGGAUCAGUCACGUUUGGAGAUGGGAGGAAAGCUAACAUUCUAGCUCGGGGUACAGUAAACACUCCAGGUAUACCUAACCUUAAAAAUGUGUUAUUUGUUGAAGGAUUAACUGCAAAUCUGAUUAGCGUCAGCCAUUUGGCUGAUGACUAUGAAGAUGUGUGGUUUAACAAACAGAGAUGUUUGGUCCUAAAUCAGAAAGGUGAAGGUAUCAUGGGAGGUAUGAGAUCUGUUGAUAACUGUUAUCAUAUUCAAGCAAAUGAAUCUUCUAGUUUGCAGUCUUGUUUGUCUGUUAAAUCCACAGAGGAAACCUUUGAACUUUGGCACAGAAAGAUGGGACAUAUCAACUAUCAGGACUUGCUGAAAUUAUCUUCCAAACAAUGUGUCCGAGGCUUGCCAAAUUUAAAAGGUAAAACUGACAAGAUGUGUGGAGACUGCAAGGUUGGAAAGCAAACUAAGGCACCUCACAGAAUGGUAAAUUCUGCGACAACCUCACAAGUAUUGGAACUAUUACACAUGGAUCUCAUGGGACCAGCUCAAUCUGAAAGUCUUGGAGGUAAGAGCUACAUACUAGUAGUUGUAGAUGAUUUCUCAAGAUACACCUGGGUAAACUUCUUGAAAGACAAAACUGAAACGUUUGAGUCCUUUAAGAACUUGAGUCAAAAAUUAAUCAUUGAGAAACAAUCAUCUAAUAACUGUUUAGUGAGAAUAAGAUCAGAUAAUGGAACUGAAUUUAAAAAUGCCUCUUUUUCUAACUACUGUCAUGAGCUUGGUGUGUCACAUGAGUUCUCAGCUCCAAUAACCCCUCAACAAAAUGGGAUAGUGGAAAGGAAAAAUAGGGUACUGCUAGACAUGGCUCGAGUAUUACUACACGCUGCAGGUUUAAGCAAAAACUUUUGGGCUGAGGCGAUCAGCACUGCUUGCUACACAAUAAAUAGAGUAUUCCUUAGACCAGGAAAUGAUCAAACUGCUUACGAGCUGUGGAAAGGAAGUAACAUUUGCAGAUACCUCACCCUUCUCGGUCACACCUUCACAGAAUACUGAAACAUCAUCUGAGGAAGAGGAAGAGGAAAUCCAUGACAACAUUUUUGAACCAGCUCCCACCCAAAGAAGAGGGUUCAAG